GCUGCCUUGGAGGCUCUGCUUUUAGGGAAAAAAUGUAAAAAUCAGCUCACGUACGAAGUGAUACUCCCUGCUGCCUGCCCACCCGUGUGCCUCCCGGGUCUGUGCGCGGCGCCCCGCGGUUUGGCCUUGUUUUCGCUGGCUGACACAGCGGCGCAGCGGUGUCGCCCCCCUAUCGCCUGUGCAGGCCUCAGGGGAGGCCUGCGAAGCGGCUUGAGAAUGCGGGCUGGAGCGGUGCUGCUUCGUGCUUGAUGAGUACGAAGAGCUGCUUCGUUAUGCUGUAGUGACUCCAAAGUUUGAACAGUGUUUCCCGAAGUGGUCAGAACCUGUCUCUGACCUGAGAGCAGGUGGCCGAUUUCCAAGUGUAACAGAUGAUGCCAUAUACUGUAAGACUCCAGGGUUACUUCCUUGAGCUUCAUGAGCACAUCACUGUGCCUGUCUCCCCUGAACUAUUUUCCAUCAUAGAGACCUUAUGUCAGUAAAGGAGCCUUCUGAGGCCAAUAUGGAUCGGCUUUGUCCUGUUUCAGAAGAGACAUCUUCACAAGGGUCCACAGAUAUUCCAAGAGAAAUCGAUGAAACCACAACAACUGAAUUAACUGUACCUGAUGAAAAAAUAACUCAAAUAGAAAAUAUACUUGAUCUCUGGAGUGGCAGUCUUAAGACAAAUGUUCUGACUGAAUUGAGAAAAUGGAGGCUGAAUUUUAUUGAAUAUCACAAGCUUCAAAUGAGACAAGAAAAAGAGAAACAUGCUGCACAUGUGAGACAAUUGACCAAUCAGAUGGAAAACUUGAAAGAAUUGCUACACACAUAUGAAAUCUCUAUAGGCAGAAAAGAUGAGGUGAUUACUAACUUGACCCAAGCAUUAGAAAUGAAGAAGGAGAGAAUAGAGUUAAUGAGAAAGUUUACAUUGUGGCGGAUUCAGCAACUUAAAGCCAAACAAGAGGAAUACGCGAACAGAAUAGCAGACAGACAAUUCCAGGCAGCUUUGAAGAAGAAAGUAUGGACAGCGUGGCGCUCUCUUAGUGAAGAAAGAUGGAAAGAAAAAGUAGCAAAAGCCUGUCAGCUAAGGGCAGAAGAUGUCUGUGUUCAGCUCACCAAUGAUUAUGAAGCCAAAAUUGCAGAGCUAACUGCUACUUUGGAGCAAACAAAAGCUGAGAUUCUGAGACUGCACAGUGAAAGAGAACAGUAUGAAGACACCAUGAAGAAAGCCUUCAUGCGUGGUGUAUGUGCCUUGAAUCUGGAAGCAAUGACCAUGUUUCAGGGCAAGGACAGCAGGACAGAUCCUGAUAUAGGAAGUAGGAGAGAUGAUAAUGGUGCCAUUGUUGCAGGAAUACUACCUCCUUCACAAUACAAUCCCCCCUCACCACCACCUCCACCAGCAACUGCUCUUCAGAUGGAUGACUUGUUUUCUACCCAUCUGGGUCAUGCAAGCACUUCUCAGACCAGGCUAGAUUCUGAUUCUCCAGUAAUCAUCAGUAGCACAGCUGCAGGAUCUGGGGUGACAUCAACUCAAAAACUGCCCAUGGCAAAAGUGAUAACAUCUGCUCAGCAGAAAGCCGGAAGAACAAUCACUGCUCGAAUCACAGGCCGAUCUGAUAUGGGACAAAAGCACAGAAUUUGUGGUAGUUUAGCAGUGAUGGGAGUUGCUCCACCCAUGAGUUCAGUCAUUGUUGAAAAACACCAUCCAGUCACUCAGCAAACCAUAUCCCAAGCCACUGCUGCUAAAUAUCCUCGAACUGUGCUCCAUUCUUCUGGUUCUACUGCUGUGAGACCUGCAGGACAACUUGGACGAAUGCUUCAGAACCAAACUCAUACCAGUGUUCAGUCAAUAAAAGUUGUUGACUGAGUGAAUAUCCUUUACACUGGUGGGAAGUUUUAUCAAGAUACAAUUUAAACCUCUUCCCAGUCCUUUCAAAUUUGAUGUAGCAAGGCCUAAAUUAUGUAUCAUGUUUUUACCCUUAAAAAAAGAAGUGUUUAUAGUAAGCAUCCAGAGGGGGAAAAUGACCUUGAAAUGUUGUUCUACCUCCCAACUAUUUGAGAACUUAUUUUAUUAAGAUAAACACUUUAUUUAAAUAAUCUUUUUGCACACUUUUAAAUAAAGGAUAAAAAGUGA